AUGUCAAUGUUGUGUACUGGUGGAUACGGUGGCCGAGAUAGUGGGGGAUACGGAGGUAGAGAUAACAGGGGAUACGGUGGGGAUUAUGGAGGUAGACAGCAGAAUUAUGGUGCCCAACCCUACAGAAACAACAGUGGAGGAGGUUCAGCUUACUCUGCUUACAGAAAUGAUUCUUGGAACAGUGGAGGUGGAGGACCAUCAUAUGGUUAUAACUACAAUAAUAACCCCAGAGGGGGUGGGGGUUAUAAUAAUAGGGGUGGGGGAGGUUAUGGUAACAGGGACAGCUAUGGUGGAAAUAGAGGAGGCUAUGGUGGUGGAGGGCAUCAAGACAAUAGAAGAGGUUAUGGUGGAGGAGGGGGUAGAAGAUAUUAAAACAAAUUUACAGAAAGAAACUUCCUCUCUACAUCAUCAUUAUAUACCAUAGUACUACAAACAGCUUUUAUCACAAAUUACAGUGAUGGCUGUUUCUUGUAUGAGCCUGCCAUAGUGUUUAAAGUUGGAGUCCCAAACUCUUAAUGAAAUGUUAAUAUUUUCAACCACCCUUUUUUGUGGUUUUUUUUGUAUUAUAUUCAUCAAUUGUGGAUUUGUUGUUAGAAAUAUCAUAACUUUCAGAUUGUCAUCAAAUAAGAUACCUUGAAAUUGGCUCUCAAAAAAAAUUUUGUUUUAUCAUUGGAUUAGGAGAAAGUAAGUGACAACACUAUGGCAACGUAUUACUGUUAAUCAUACCAUGUUUGUAAAUAUUAUAUUUUAAAAUCAUCCUGCAUUUUAAAAAUUAUGCAUUUUGCAAGUAUCAAACAAGUUUUCAAUUUUGGAACAAAAAAUAAGAAAUGUCACAUUUCUUUAGAAUAGUACAAAGAUAUUUUACUUUUCUGGAAAUGUAAAGAACAUGCCUUAUCUUAGGUAACAUUUCUGCUUUUACCUUAUUAUGUGUAGUAUGCUAUACCAUAAUUUUGUUCAUUAUCAUGAAAUAAGCAUUUGAGUAUAAUUUAGAAAACAUUAAUUAAACCUGAAGUAUAUUUGUCUAUGUUUUAUUGAAUAAAAUCCCAGACAAACAAGAAAGAGCUGACUUUCUAUAGAAUUCACGCUUUGAUUGGAAUUCGACCACACAAAACAACCUCUGAAAAUUAUAAUGGAGCUAGUCGACUUAAAUAACUGAAUACGUACACGUUUUGAACAAUGAUAAAAGCUGAUGUAUGUAUAUUUGAUGUAUAUAUGAAUAAACAAUGAUUAUAUAAAUCAACUCUGUGA